GAGAGAGAGAGAGAGAGAGAGAGAGAGAGAGAGAGCAAAGUGGGGUUAUCAAAAACUGGUUUGUCUUUGCUGUGGAUUUACUAUUCACAAAGUAAAAUGAGCAUUUGAUAUGGAGAGGGGUUUGCUUUGCCUUUGCCUGCUUUUAUUCGUGCUGCAGUGAAGAGAGAGAGAAACUAAAGAAAGAGAGUUUCUUUUUGAGCUCUCUCUGGUGUGCUAAUGGAGUCUUGACUCCUAUUCACAUUUAAGGAUUUAAAGGGUUUCUUUCAAAACUCAGUAACUAGGUUAUGUGAAACCCUUUUAUCCAAUUUUCUUUCUUAGUGUCUUGCUUGAUGCGAGUUUCUCUGCAAAAUUUGGGGAUCUGGGUUUUGGUGUCUAGGGUUUGACUCUCUGUUUCUCUUUCUCUAUCUUUCUUGGGUCUCUUCAAAAACUUGUUUUCUUUGUUUAAAUUUUCACUCUAAUGGGUUUUUGACUUUACUGAAUUGAGUCAUUUCAAUUCUGGGUUGUAGAUUUCUAUGGGUUUUUCACCUGAAAAUUUUUUGAAGCUGAGCUGACUUCUUUAGUUCUGAGUUUUUGUAAAUUUCUUUUUCAUUUUUGUAGGUUCUUUGUUGAAGAAAUCUUAAUUUAGAGCUCUCUUGAUCUGGUUUUAGAGUCGGGCCUUUUUCUUUCUUGUUAUAGCUAGCACCUAGGGUUUGAAACUGGACCCUUCUCUGUUCCUUGUAUGUGGGCUAAACGCCUGAACUCAACUGAACCCAACUGUUUUUCUGGAGUCUUGGGUUUAUAUUUUUUGAUUCUCUUCUUAGAUUGGUUGUAAAGUCAAAAGCUUUAAUGCAUCUUUCAUUGUGGAAGCCUAUAUCUCAUUGUGCUGCUCUAAUCUUAGACAAGAAGAGCAGGAAAAAAGACGGGUCUGAAUCCAAUCAUGAAAUCAGGAAAAACCCAUCAAUUCUUCGAAAAUUGCAAGAAAAUAAGCUUAGAGAGGCUCUUGAAGAGGCAUCUGAAGAUGGGUCUCUCUUCAAAUCGCGAGAUAUGGAGUCCGAGUCAGUUGGAAACCAAGAUGAGAGCCUUGGGAGAUCAAGAUCCUUAGCAAGACUUAAUGCCCAGCGCGAAUUCUUGCGUGCCACAGCCUUAGCUGCAGAGCGCAUAUUUGAGAAUGAAGAAUCCAUUCCUGAACUCCACGAGGCAUUCUCCAAGUUCCUCACAAUGUACCCAAAGUACCAGUCUUCAGAGAAGGUUGAUCAGCUAAGGUUGGAUGAAUAUGCACAUUUGUCUCCAAAGGUAUGCCUUGAUUAUUGUGGAUAUGGGCUUUUUUCAUACCUUCAGACUUUGCAUUAUUGGGAGUCUUCUACGUUUAGCUUAUCUGAAAUAACUGCAAAUUUGAGUAACCAUGCUCUUUAUGGUGGUGCUGAGAAAGGCACUGUGGAAUAUGACAUAAAGGCCAGAAUUAUGGAUUAUUUGAAUAUCCCUGAGCAUGAAUAUGGCCUUGUUUUCACUGUGAGUAGAGGGUCUGCAUUUAAAUUGCUGGCAGAAUCAUACCCUUUUCAUACUAAUAAGAAGUUGUUGACAAUGUUUGAUUAUGAGAGCCAGUCUGUGAGUUGGAUGGUUCAAAGUGCCAAAGAAAAGGGUGCAAAAGUUUAUAGUGCAUGGUUUAAAUGGCCAACUCUUAAAUUAUGUUCUACUGAUUUGAGAAAACAAAUUUCAAGUAAGAAGAGGCGGAAGAAGGAUUCUGCAGCGGGCUUGUUCGUGUUUCCAGUGCAGUCUAGAGUUACUGGGGCAAAGUAUUCAUAUCAAUGGAUGGCACUUGCUCAGCAAAACAAUUGGCAUGUCUUGCUUGAUGCUGGCUCAUUGGGUCCCAAAGAUAUGGAUUCACUUGGGCUGUCCUUGUUUCGGCCUGAUUUUAUUAUUACUUCCUUUUACAGAGUAUUUGGGCACGACCCAACCGGUUUUGGAUGUCUUCUUAUCAAGAAAUCUGUAAUGGGAAGCCUUCAAAAUCAGUCUGGGAGUACAGGGUCUGGAAUGGUAAAGAUAACACCUGAAUAUCCUUUGUAUUUGAGUGAUUCUGUUGAUGGUCUAGACAGAUUGGUUUGCAUUGAAGAUGAUGAAGUUGUUGGGAAUGCUGAAACAACCACAGAAACUCGUCCAGGGACACAGUUGCCUGCCUUUUCUGGUGCAUUCACAUCUGCUCAGGUGAGGGAUGUUUUUGAGACUGAGAUGGAACAGGAUAACAGUUCUGAUAGGGAUGGGACAAGCACCAUAUUUGAAGAAACAGAGAGUAUUUCAGUUGGGGAAGUGAUGAAAAGCCCGGUAUUUAGUGAAGAUGAAUCAUCAGACAACUCAUUCUGGAUUGAUUUGGGUCAAAGUCCAUUGGGAUCAGAUGCAGCAGGUCAGUUAAACAAACAGAAAUUGUCCUCUCCCCUGCCUCCUUUUUGGUUUUCUGGCAAGAGGAAUCACAAACGACUCUCUCCAAAACCAACGUCAAAGAUAUAUGGCAGCCCACUAUAUGACGACAAGGGGGUACAUGAUGACCACCAUGUGCUCUCUUUUGAUGCUGCAGUUAUGUCUGUUUCACAGGAAUUGGAUCGAGUUAAGGAGGUUCCAGAAGAAGAACAGUACACUGAAACAAACCACACUCCACGAAAUAGUAAAAAGGUUUCAAAUCGUCUUCAUGUUAAUGAGAUUGAGGAAGAACCUGGAACCAGUAAUGCACUUUCAGCCGGUUCUUUGUCCAAUUUUGACACAUAUAAAUCCCAAUUCAAUAAUUCAUCUGCUGUGCAUAAUGGCCUAGCAAAUGGCUCAACCUCUGCAAUUGGCUCAGACAUGAAAGAGAGUGCUAUAAGAAGAGAAACAGAAGGUGAAUUCAGAUUGUUGGGAAGAAGGGAAGGGAAUAGAUAUGCAGGUGGUCGGUUUUUUGGGUUGGAAGAGAAUGAACAUCCAAGCAGGGGAAGAAGAGUGUCCUUUAGCAUGGAGGACAACCGUAAAGAACAGCUAAGUCAUACUCUGGAGCCUGGAGAGGUAUCUGUAACCAGCCUAGAUGAUGAAGAGUACACCAGUGAUGGCGAAUAUGGUGAUGGGCAAGAGUGGGAUAGGAGGGAACCUGAGAUAAUUUGUCGGCACUUGGAUCAUGUGAAUAUGUUGGGUCUCAAUAAAACCACUCUCAGAUUGCGAUUUUUGAUCAAUUGGCUUGUGACCUCAUUACUUCAACUAAGGUUACCCAUUUCAGAUGGGGAAAGAACGGAAAAUCUUGUUCACAUUUACGGUCCAAAAAUAAAAUAUGAAAGGGGUGCAGCUGUAGCUUUUAACAUUAGAGAUAGAAACCGGGGACUGAUAAAUCCUGAAGUUGUUCAGAAGCUGGCAGAAAGAGAAGGUAUCUCCCUUGGCAUUGGUUUUCUUAGUCACAUACGAAUACUGGAUAGCCCAAAACAGCAGCGUGGUGCUAUGAAUCUUGAAGAUACUACUCUAUGUAGGCCAAUGGAAAAUGGGCACCAUAGUGGGAAAAGUGGGUUCAUAAGGGUGGAAGUAGUCACUGCAUCUCUGGGAUUUCUUACCAACUUCGAAGAUGUUUACAAAUUAUGGGCUUUUGUUUCCAAGUUUCUCAAUCCAACCUUUAUCAAAGAGGGUAGUCUUCCAACAGUUGAAGAGGGGUCAGAUACAUGAGUUUUGGGAUGGCGAUCAAUAGUACAUUUCCAAGAAGAAACAAAUGGAUUUUUGUGAACAUGGAAAAUCAAUUGGGGUACGAAUCUGAGAGUCAGAGCUGAAGAUCAAAAGCUACAGAGAAGCACUCAAAGGUGAUAUGGCCACAGGUCCUUUUGCUCUUCCUCGAGACUCUUUGAUUCAACGGGUGAAUUUGUUAAUUCUUGUUUGCUUGAUUUUUUUCCUUAUCCUUUUUUCCCUUCUCCUUUGGGUUAUUGUAGAGGGUGGCAUUAGAAUUUGUAUCAUCUCGGAAAUUUAUGUUGACCUCGAAGCAGACUUAUAUGGAUGGGACUUCACCACUCAAAACGUUCUGCUUUUGGCCUAUACAAAAUCAAAAUUUCUUGCUCCUGUAAAAAAUCUUGACCUUAUUUUGCCUGUUGUAGUCUAUAUAAAUACAAUUCAGUGGCAGAAACACUGCUUUUGCUUAUAUUGGAAAUUGCAUGGCUGAA